CCAGACCCGCCCGCAGACCCGGCGGGCGGGCGGGCGAGCGGCGGGGCGGAGGGCGCCCCCGGCGGCGGGGCAUGCGCGGCGCGCGGCAUGGCCUCGGCGGUGUUUGAGGGCACGUCGCUCGUGAACAUGUUCGUGCGCGGCUGCUGGGUGAACGGCAUCCGCAGGCUCAUCGUGAGCCGGCGCGGCGACGAGGAGGAGUUCUUCGAGAUCCGCACGGAGUGGUCGGACCGCAGCGUGCUCUACCUGCACCGCAGCUUCGCAGACCUGCGCCGCCUGUGGCAGCGCCUCCGCGACGCCUUCCCCGAGGACCGGCCCGAGCUGGCGCGCGGGCCGCUGCGGCAAGGACUGGUGGCCAUAAAGGAUGCCCAGGACAUAGAGACCAGGCUCAACGAGGUGGAGAAGCUGCUGAAGACCGUCGUCAGCCUGCCCUGGAAAUAUUCCAGGUCGGAAGUCGUGCUCACCUUCUUUGAAAGAUCUCCUCUGGAUCAGGUGUUAAAAAAUGAUAAUGUCCAUAAAAUUCAACCCAGCUUCCAAAGUCCGGUCAAAAUAUCAGAAAUCAUGAGGUCCAAUGGAUUUUGUUUAGCAAAUACAGAAACAAUAGUUAUUGACCACAGUAUACCGAACGGAAAAGACCAGCACCUGGGUGUGGAUCCUACGGAGCAUUUGUUUGAGAACGGCAGCGAGUCCCCCUCAGAGGUGGAGGACGGGGACGACCCAGCAGCAUAUGUCACCAACCUGUCCUAUUACCACCUGGUCCCCUUCGAGACGGACAUUUUGGACUGAGCCUCGCCGUGGGCCCUCCGGCACCUCGGCCUGGACUGCAGCUCUGGUGCUGGCCGCCGCACGGGCCCAGCCUGGGCCUCCCGGAGGUCCCAGGCCCCACCGGCCAUCCACGCUCGCAAGCUGGGUGUCCUGCAGGGGGAGGAGCAGGGGCUUCUGGUGGCUCCGGCUGACCACAAGGUCUGCAGGGACUAAGGGUCGGGUCACAGAGGUCAUGGGGCCUGUGCUCGGCGGGGCCUUCUCUCUCCGCGUGUCCCCAGCAGCUUGCUCCUCUGUCCCUGGCCUUGCUCCCUGCACUCGGCGCCUGCAGGGCUGUGUGCUGCCAGGGUGGGCACGGGCCCUGCCGGGCUCUGCUGUCACUGCCUCCCAGGAGGAGCGUCCCUCUUGGCCAGGGGCCAGGGCUGCUGACCACCCAACUCCUCCCCGUUGCUCGCACGUCCAACGCACAAAGUGUUUCAAGGGGGAUUUUGACAAGCUGCCACGCUUUGGAUGAUGCAGGACUCCCUGGGAACCGAGAUUCGAGGCCUUUCUAUUUUGCUUUUCACCUUCUGUCUGGAAACUGGGUUUGGGUCAACCCAGAGAAGUUUACAGAAGACCGAGCUCAAACAGGGAGUGCCGGCUGCAAGGAGAGCGGAAGUCGGUGAGGUCGGUGCCCACCGGAGCUAGGGCCAAGAGGGGACGAUUGUCCCCGAGAGGGAAGGAGGCCUGCGGGCAUCUCCUGGCUCAGGCCGGGUGCCCGGUGCUGCAGCCACAGCGACCCUGAAAGGAUGGGAAUCCAGAGGGAAACUGAGGCUCCACUGCCCCCAGGGGCGGGUCUGGGUGCUGUGAGCUUCUCUCCUCAGUUUUGCUAAUGGCCAACAUUUGCUAAUGUAAAUAAUAGUAAAUUAUUGAGAAUUCUAAUUCUUUUACACAGUCUUUUAAAUCUAUUUUAAUUAAAUAAAAUCUGUCGCUCUACUUUGGUCUCUUUA